AUGGCUUGUGUAAUGCGUAGGAUAUGGUUUAGGAGGAACUACUGGGUUUUUGAAAACAUUUUUAGGGAGCCCAGAUGUGUCAUGAGGACUGCAGUGGAGGGAUAUAAGGAGUAUAUAGCAGCCCAAGAACAAAGGGGGUGCAUGUUUCGGCAGACUGUGAGUUGUAAUAGGGAAGAGAGGUGGACAAAACCUGUGGGUCAAUGGGUUAAAGUAAAUUGGGAUGCGGCAGUAAGGAUUGAUCUGAAUAAAGUAGGCAUCGGGGUGGUUGUAAGGGAUGAGGAGAGGGAGGUUCUGGCUUCUCUUUGUAAGGUGGUGGACUGCCUGCAUGAUCCUUCUGUAGGGGAAGCGUUGGCACUGAAAAGAGCAGUGCAGUUUUGUGAUGAGCUCGGCUUCUCUAACGUUGUUCUUGAAGGGGAUGCACAAGUCAUAGUGAAAGCAGCCAACAACAGGGAGGAGCUAUACACGGCUUAUGGAAAUGUAAUGGAGGAGGUAAGGGGUUUUUUGAAAAUGAGGGAAUCUUGGAAGAUACAGUUUAUACAUAGAGAGGCAAAUAAUGUUGCCCAUAUACUUGCAAAAAAUGCUUUUAAUUACACAACAGAGAGGGUCUGGAUUGAAGAGGGCCCGAUAGAGAUACUACAUGUACUGCAGAAAGAAAAAUUUUGUAAUAGCUGA